CUCAGCGACUUAGGCGUAGUGACGUCGGGGGAGGGAGCUGGCCAGUGCUGAGGGGCCGGACCGGGCUACGGCGGGGGACUAGCAGUCAGCGCCGGAGCCUCGGGAGCUCUGCGCCAGUCUCAGCUCAGCCCAGUGCCGCUGUAGCUCAGGCUAGCCCAGCAAAUCCCCGCCCGGCCCGGCCCGGGACAUGACAGCCUCCGCCUCUGGGGAGCCGCCCCUGGCGGAGCUGCGGGCCCUGCGCGGGCCCUAAGUGCGCCCAUGGAGCGGGACGAGCGGCCGCACAGCCGCGCCGGAGGCUCCUCCGCUUCCCCCGAGCCGCCCCUGGCCCCGGCCCCAGCCCCAGCCCCGGCCCCCGCUGCUGCCCCAGCAGCAGCCCCGGCACCGCGCAACGGUUUCUGUCAGGAUGACUCAGUUGAACAUGAUCCAGCUAAUAUUUCUGUUCCAGAUGAUCGAGCUGAACAACGAACCUGCCUUAUCUGUGGAGACAGAGCUACAGGGUUGCACUAUGGUAUCAUUUCCUGUGAAGGUUGCAAAGGGUUUUUCAAGAGGAGCAUUUGCAACAAGCGGGUAUACAGAUGCAGUCGUGACAAGAAUUGUGUCAUGUCCCGGAAACAGCGGAAUCGAUGUCAAUAUUGUCGCCUGCUCAAGUGCCUACAGAUGGGGAUGAACAGGAAAGCAAUCAGAGAAGAUGGCAUGCCAGGGGGCAGGAACAAAAGCAUCGGGCCUGUCCAGAUAUCAGAGGAAGAGAUUGAAAGAAUUAUGUCUGGGCAAGAAUUUGAGGAAGAGGCAAACCACUGGAGCACCAAUGGAGACAGUGACCACAGUUCUCCUGGCAAUGGAGUUUCUGAGAGUAACCAGCCUUCACCAGUUUCUACACUGUCCUCAAGUAGGUCUGUGGAGCUGAAUGGAUUCACUGCCUUCAGGGAGCAGUACAUGGGCACCCCUGUGCCCCCACACUAUCAAUAUAUACCGCACCUUUUUAGCUAUUCUGCUCACUCGCCUCUGCUGCCCCCCCAAGCCCGGAGCCUGGACCCCCAGUCCCACAGCCUGAUCCAUCAGUUGGUGCUUGCCGAGGACCUGGAGCCUCUGGGCACACCCAUGUUGAUUGAAGAUGGGUACACUGUGACUCAGGCUGAGCUGUUUGCGCUGCUGUGUCGCCUGGCAGACGAGCUGCUGUUCAGGCAGAUUGCUUGGAUUAAGAAGCUGCCAUUCUUCUGCGAGCUUUCAAUCAAGGACUACACCUGCCUCCUGAGCUCCACAUGGCAAGAGCUCAUUCUGCUGUCAUCCCUCACCGUGUACAGCAGGCACAUCUUUGGGGAGCUGGCGGAUGUGACCUCUAAGUAUUCACCCUCCGAUGAGGAGCUGCACAGAUUUAGUGAAGAAGGGAUGGAGGUGAUGGAACGCCUGAUCUACCUGUAUCGAAAGUUUCAUCAACUAAAGGUCAGCAAUGAGGAGUAUGCUUGCAUGAAAGCCAUCAACUUCCUCAAUCAAGAUAUCAGGGGCCUGACAAAUGCCUCACAGCUGGAGCAGUUGAACAAGCGGUAUUGGUAUAUUUGCCAGGAUUUCACCGAGUAUAAGUACCCUCAUCAGCCAAAUCGUUUUCCUGAUCUAAUGAUGUGUUUACCAGAGAUACGUUAUAUUGCAGGAAAGAUGGUGAAUGUGCCGCUGGAGCAGCUGCCGCUGCUUUUUAAAGCUGUUCUGCACUCCUGCAAGACGAGUGGGAGCAAGGAAUAAGUGUCCCCACCCACCCCACCCCCCAGCUCCCUGCCUUGCCCCCAGCCAGGGGGAGGAGGGGCUCACUAGGAGAAAACAGGAGAGCCGAGACCAGGAUGGAGGCAGCUGAGCACUGCCCCUCUAGCAAGAAUCUUUUUUGUUUGUUUGUUGUUUUUUUAAAAACUCAUUUUCUAUAUAUUUAUUUCACGACAGAGUUGAAUGUAUGACCUUCAACACAAUGCACAUACUUCUGUAUGAAUUUAAAGAUGCAUUUCCUUGCAGUUUACAGAAUGUGAGAAUGUUUAAUGUUACAAUGUUGUCAUUGAUUAGGUCUUGUUCUUCUUGGGGGGGGGGCUAACUAUUUCAAUAGUGUUGACUAAGACUACCUCAAGGAAAAGGUGGUAUUCAAGUACUGACUUUUCCCUUAUUUUCUCAGCAGACCUCACAGGUUUGAGCUAGAGAGCAAAUGGCUUUUUUCUACCAGCAGACAUUUGCCUGCCAUCAAUUUUGGGGAGAUGGGUUCAGGCUUUUUUGUUAACUGAUUUUUAAAGUUGAUUUAUUAAACUAUAGAAUCAAGGUGGGCAAAGCACAAUUUAGCUAGCUGGCUGGCUAGCUAAAUUUAUCUUGGGGAAGGAGGCCUUUGAAAUGAUCUAGCCCAAAGGGAACUUUGAAAUCUCUAAUCACAAAAUAUUCGAGUUGGAAGGGGCCUCAGAGAUCAUCUAGCCCAACUGGUACCUUGACCCAGAUUUCCAUCAACAGUAUUCCCAACAAGUGUUCAUCCAGCUUUCAUUUGUCCAAACCCUUGGUUUUAAAGAGGAGAUAAUGAAUGUCUUAAGAAAGGAAAGAGUUACCAAGGAGAGAUAGUAUUAGGCCCUGGGACCUCAAUCCUAGUAUUCUUGUCGCUACAUCUCAUUCUAUAUCAAACUUCUCCCCUACCCCCAACUCCAAACUCUUCUCUCUUCAGUGAGGAGAAGGCUAAAGGCCAGGGAAGCAGAUGGGGGAAUUAAUCUGUACAGAUGCUCCAGUUUCAAGUGCCAGAAUCUUCUUUUGCCAACUUUCUCCAGGUGACCAUUUUAAAUAGCCACCUUUUCAAGGAGAAGGGAAGAGGUUGUUGCAAAAAGUCCUCCAAAGUCAUGCCUUCUCUACCAAAUUGAAGAUCUCUCAAAUAGAGAACCACUUCUUCCUUGGCCUUGGAAUACUCCAUUGCUUUCAUCAGUCUUGAUAAUGAUCAGCAAAUUCAAUUACAAUACAAUACAACAAACAUUUAAGUGCCUCCUUUGUUCAGAACACUGGGUUGAGGGUUUGGGGAAAGAUUCAAGUUUAAAAUCAAGACACAAAAUCUGCUCCUCGUGGAACUCAUAGUCUAGAUGAGGAACAAGAUACCAAAAUAAAGUGGUGUCUCAAGUGAAUAGAUGCUUUGCAGGUAGCAUCCAUGGUCACUCAACAGACAAUGAUUAAACAUCUUCAAGGCUUGUUCCAGACACUAGGAUUACCCAGAUUGGUAGGAUGCCAGCCCUGCUCUAUCCCAGAUCAGUACUCUCCCAGGUAACCAUCAGCCCGCCUCCUCCCUGGACUGGUGUGAAAUGGCUUACCAGCCUAUCACCAAGACUCUCUUAACCCCUUCCUCUUCAUCUCUCCAAAUCCACACCAUUUUUUUCUCUUCCUGGAAAUGUCAGAAUUGUAGUGGUCAGUUAUAAAGACCAACUGAUUAGAGUCACUGAGACAAGGUUCAGGUACUCUUGAACCUUGAAAUUGAUUCUUUCCCCUUUCUUCACUGUCUCUUUCUCUAUUCUAGAAUGGAAUGGAAUGUUUGAAGACUAAGGGAGCUUUUCCUCCACUACUACCCAGGGCCUGUAUUUAAAGUGGGCCAGGGAGAGAUUCAGAGCAAUAGAAUAGACCACAUACUGCCUGCUGCUGCUCUAAGCAUGAAUUAGUAAGGACUUUCCUCCAAGGCCCAGAGCUAUACUGCCUUGAUAGGCAAUGAAUUCCUUGACAAUUAUAGAUAUUUGUAUACAGAUUGGAUACUUAUUUGAAGAUACUGUGGUGGGGACUCCUACUUCUGAUAACAAUUGAUCUAGAUACACUCUUGAGAUCCCUUCCAACUCUACAGUUCUGUAAAUUGGGCUAAUUAACCCUAACCAACUUUUCCCAUUUUUUGUCAUGCCCUGGCCAGGGAGGUGUGACUCUCUAAACUACCUCACAUUUUUUCAGGAAAGGUUACACUCUCCAUGAGCUGGGACAAAUAAACUUUGGAGCUCCCCAAGAUGACUUCUGGUUCUGGAGCAAUGUUUUGUCUCAAACCAUAGGUUAUCUCGGUCCCCACUCAUACUCAGGCUAGGCUUUUUCCUUUGUGAACUCAGGCUUAUGGAAACCUGUUCAGUAGAAGGCCAUGUUUGCUCUCUUGCUCAGUCUCACAAAUCUUCCCAGGUGACCUGUUCCUCUUUUCUGGGUAGUCUGUUCUGGCCUUUAAUUCUUUGUAAUGGAAUGAGAUGUUACGGGUAUAUAACCACUGCUGGGACCAGCAGAGCUAUAAUGUUAUAUUUCUCCCUGAAUUGGAAAAUUAGAAUUUCCCCAAUAGCAUGUGUUCCCCAAAACCAGUAAGCACAAAUGGCUCAGCAUCACCUCGAAUGUGUGUGUACAUAUACAGAUGUGUGACUGUGUGGAGAUAGAUGUACAGCUCUGUAUAGACCUCCACACACUCACACUUCCAUUCUAAGCUUCAUCAGGUUGAGUUCUGAGCCUCCACAGCAUCAUGCUUUGCAAUGGCCAAAUGUGUUUAUUCCUUUGUGGCCAAACUUCAAGCUUCUUGACUUGGUGCUCCAGUGAUGAACACAGUUUGUUUCUGGGCCCAUCCUUGAAGCCUUUUCUACACAGGCCAAUCAGAGCUUGAGUGCUGCUGCAGCCUUUGAGGGCCCAGAGCCACCUCCAUCCCACAAGUGGGUGUCAGAAGGGGACAUUAGUGGAAAACACAAAUGUCUAUGUGUAUAUAAUGUGUACGUGCACACACCUGAUUAUCCAUGGGAAGAUUUCUGUUUGGUUUGUUUAUUUCUAAGCUCAAAAUGCUUUCCCCGUUUUCUUGACUUGAAUUUUGCGACUGUGAUCUCCUUAUAGACAGGUUAGCGCUCUGCUUUUCUCCUCUCUAGAGCAGGAGAAGGCUGUUAACAAUUCUGCUGAUUUUUCCUGGUGAAUGGGCCCUGGCAGCUUAAGUUGAAUCUCUUGCUGAUCCUCCUGCCAGGAUCCCCACCUCACCUCCCUCCCACUCCUGGUUGCUUUUCUUGUAAAACUGAGCUUUUGCCCUAUCUGCUUGCAAUUUCAUAGAAAAUUAUUCUCUAAUCAGUAAGAACCUGCUAGCCCAAAUAAUACAAUAUUUAAAAGAACAAAUUGUUAAUUUAUGAAGAAAGGAGAAAGGUUCUUUGAGUUGCUUUUGUGCAAAUCCAUUUUUGCUAAACAUUGAUUCACAGCAAAUUCCUUGAACAAAGGGCCCCUUCAUUUCCGAGAGGAGAAGAGCGGAGCAAAUUGUGUAAGCGAUUGACAAGGGUACCAAGCCAGAUCCUAACCUGUGGACAGCCGCUAAUGUCUUCUGCACCAAGUCCUUUGAAGACUUGUGUUUUUAAACAGGGUAAAGUGAAUGUGUUGCAUUGCAAACUCAGGUAUUAUGAUGAGAAGGUAGGAGUGUAGUUAGCAUUGUAGAGACAUUAGGUCAACCACUAGAUGUAUUUGUGAAUUUGGUUUUGAAGGACACGGUAUAAAGGUUGGAGGGCUGUGUAUGUCGCGCGUGCGUGCGUGCGCUUGUGUGUGUGUGUGUGUGUGUGUGUGCAUAUUUUGCUAUUCUUUCCAUAAUACAGGCAGCCUUUUUGCCAGUGGAAGAAAAAAAAUCUGUAAAUGUCUCAGAACCCUGUCUCUGCUGUCACCUCUUAGACUUUUUAUUACCAACAGCCAUCCCUUUGGAAGAGAAUUUCCUUUAUGAAAAUACGGCUUUGAAAGCCUCAGGAAAAGAAAUCCAGUCUCCUUGAGUUGUGCUGAUUUUUUUCCCUUUAAUUUCCAUUGUCCUGAACAAAGAUUUGGAACUUCAUUGCUCAUGCUCCAUGUCUGGUUCUGAACUACUUUAGCUAAGAUCAGACUUUGACUCUUAGAUCCCCUAAUAAUGCCAUCUCCUAGGAUUAUACUAGGAUCUUGUCCUUCAGUGAUCAUCAAAGCAGUACCUGGUUUCCCUUGCCCAAAGCACUCCACUGAGAAACUUUUAUCUUGCCUACUUCUGACUAGGUACCAAGGUGGCCCAAAGAUGAAAGAAUAACCACUAGUCCUAUUUCUACAGUACUUUGAGCCCUGAGUGAUAGGUGCUUCAGUUACAAAUGAAGAAACUGAGGCCCAGCAAGACGUGGAUUUCGAUCUGGAAUGGACUUUAGAAAGGACAUCUAAUCUACUCCUAAUUUACAGUUGUGGAAACAGGCCCAAAGAGGUUAGAGUAAAUGACUAUAAUGGGGGAAACCUAUAAUUGAACUCAGAUUCUCACUGCAAAUGCAGUGUUCUUUCCAUGGAACUCAGGCCGCUGCAAAAGAUCAUAUAGGAAAUGGGGGACACUAACCAGGAUUUGACUCUAUGGUUUAUGAUUCCUAAACCAUUGCUUCCCCAAUGCCCAACCUCCCACACCAAUUUUGCAACUGUACUACUAAUGAUGUUCUAACUGGUCCUUCCCCUCAGUCCUUCCUGGUAAUAGGAGAGAUGGAUUUUGGCAGAAGGGGUACUCAAAACACUACUAGAGUAUUGUUAUGGGGUUGAUGUUUCCAAGAUAAGUAGGCCCUUGUUGUCUUCUUCCUUGUACUCACUCUCCUUUAAGACCUCCCCUGGGUGUGUCCUUGGCCAAGAGGGCAUUCCUCUUUUCCCCUACCCCUUCAUAAUCUGAUAAAUGAAGUUUGAGAAUAGGAAUUCCAUGGUCCUGGGCAAUGACUUUAAAACCCCAGGAAAUAGAGAACUGCCUUACAAAACCUCAUAUUUCCUGGCUUUAUGUUUUUCAUUUCCUUUGGGGGAACCCCACCUUUUGGUGGGUUUAAACAAUCAAAUUAUUAAAAAAUAUAUAAUAGCCCAUCUGCUUCUCAGGUAUCAAUGUUCCUAACCUGUUAAGAACCCUCACCUCAGCCACAUCUUCCAACUGGCCAUUAUCUCUUGUCAAAGCUUCAAAGGAGGCAUAACCCAUAGAUUGUAUGUCUGGUUCAGAGAUCUAAAUCUACCACCACCAAUCAUCCCCCUCCCCAACUUACUAUCUUCUGUUGUCACUUGCCCUUUCUAUGUAGUUGGACUAGAUAAUCUCUUAAGGUCUCUUCUAUCCCUGAAAGUCUUUCAUCAGAAACCAUAUGUAGGUGAAUUCCCAUAACCUAUGAAUUAAACCAUAUUAUCCAUAAGGAAAGUUAUCAAAACUCCAAAGUGUUUUGCUGAUCUCAGUCGGAGGAAUAUCAUCCCAUCCCCUGAAAAGAUUUUCUCUUCCUCAAAUGCAUCAAGUCUUUGCCACCUUCUAGUAAAACCUGUGCUACCCUGACCUUAGGUCAAGCAUGUGAGCAAUGGUUCCAAGCCUUUUAGCUCAGGGUCAGUGUGGGUCUUCAGGCCCACCUAGUCCAACCUCUGGGUCUGCUGAUCAGAGGCUCUAGAGAUCCUUCCUGUCUACUUCUUAGAGCAGAAUCUAGCAAGAUAUGCGGGUGACCAUUUUUUCCAAUUUUAUUAUGUCUUGUGUUAAGAAACAUAGUUCUUCCAACUAUUUUUUUUAACUUGCAAUUUUUCUAUCACUAUUUUAAAAAUUACUCCCCCCCCACUCUUCAAUAGUGUUCAGUCUUUUCUGGUUUUUACUUUGGCUGAGGGUUUCAAUGCCAGUCAUCUAGAAAGAGGUUUCUAGGCCUCAGGAAAAAUGACUUGCUUUGGGAGAGGCUGAAGGAUAGAAGAAUGAGGGACUCAGAGACAGAAACUAAAUGGCCAACGCUGACAUUCAGGCACCUCAUGUUGUGGGGUUUCUGGGGGUGCUCUGUGUCAAGUGUGGCACAGGCAGAAGCUCAGGGAUAUAUGUAUUUAAAUACAGGACCCACAGAAACCCUCCCCUUGAUGUGGCUGCAGCUGAUGGCUUUUUUCCCAGGGUUUCUCUGAUGCUUUGGGAUCAGGACAGGCUACCUAGAUUUUCCCAAAUCUAUUCUGAAUGAGAGCCCAGACUUAUUCCAUAUUCUCUCUUUGUCUUCCAGGUGGGUUGGCUUGGGCUUAUGGGAAGAAUUGGAACUUUUCCACUUCAUUUUAGGAAACUUCUGAUUUAAAUACCUUUCUAAUGGACUCACAGACUGGGUAGGAAGUUGAACUAUGCCUGGUCAGAGAUGUGGGAAUGUUGGGGAAAAUCUCAGACAGGCAUGGAAAUACAUGGUGAAUAUGUAUUUAUUAGAACUCACUUUUAUACUCUUUCCCUGGAGCUAAAAUUUUCAGGAAAACUUUUGUUGAGAAGCUGCCAGCAGUGGGUCAACAACCUUUCUAAAACUGGUCCUGUUCUAGCCAAACACAAUGGGAUCUGAAUUGAUGCAGACUGAUGGCAUACCUCUCUAUCCCCAAUAAUAUCAGAAGGUCAGAGUUAACUAGGUGACUCAGUAGAUAGAGAGCCAAGCCUAGGGAUGGGAGGUCAGAACUCUUUAUUAUACCAUCCUUCCUCUCAGUCUGGGGUUUGGAAAACAGCCUUUGUACCUGGGGAGAUAGAGUAGGAAUUCUCAUUCUGUCUCUCUCUCUCUCUCUCUCUCUCUCUCUCUCUCUCUCUCUCUUUCUCUGUCUCUGUCUCUCUCUCUGUCUCUCUCUCUCUUUCUCUCUCCCCCUCUCCUCCUCUCCUCCCCCCUCUUCCUCUUCCUCCCCUCUCUCUCUCUCUCUCUCUCUCUCUCUCACACACACACACACACACACACACACACACACACACACACACACACACCAAUCAACACUAGACCAAGACCACCAAAAGUGGAGGGAAUAACCCUUUUUUCCAAGACCAAGACAGUCCUUCAAAGCCUGUGAAAAUGUACCAUACCAGUAUCACCCUUGGGUUCAAGCUGGUCACAAUGGUCAGCUUUAGCUGUGCCAAGUCCUUUUGUGAUUGUUUUCUUUCUGUAAAAUGUCUUGUAAUAGUUGAUAACAUUAUUGACUCAAAUUUCCAUACAAAACUACCUCUUAUGUCUAAGGAUGUGUGGAGAAAGAAUACUGUGACUUUGGUUCUGUUUACAUGUUUCUUUGGGGGGGAAGAAGGGAAAUGUGGAAUCCACUAUGGGGGGUAGAAAAUGUUUUUUUCCUGUGUUGCUGCUCUGGAGGUGACAUGUUGUGCUGUCUGCUAACUCUACCCAAGAACAGGGCUCCCCCACCUACCUAGAUCACCUUCUUCCCCAGGAGUCCCUGUAACUCCAACUCUUCUCUGAGAGGGAAUGCCUAAGGGGUGGGGGAAGGUGUCUGACCCUUUCUAUGCUAGGACUUUCAUCCCACCCUCUCCUGCCCCUAGGGGCAGGUGCACAGUCAGGAGCCAGCCAGGAACUUUGAAACCAUCUUUGACAUUCCCGCUAGCAGUACUGGGCCCCAACAGGGUGCUUCUGUGAAUCCGUUCCUAUUGAAAAUGUGCCAGUGACCCUACUUCUCAUGUGUUUACUUUACAUGUGCACCUGUGACAAGGCCCUAAAGACUGCAUAUACAGAUGUGGGAAGAGACUCCUGGACUGGCCCUGGGCCCUGCCUCCCUUGGUCUCUAGCCCCAGGGCAUGAUGGCCAGGCAGCCCACCCCUGGGGAUGGAUCUUAGCUCUUGAGAGCAACAGCUUGGGUUGGUCAUCUGUUCAUGGAAGCCUCACUGUACUCCUCACUUCCAGGGUGGGUCCACUGUAUAAAAUCAGGCUUCUGGGGUAUCACCUCCCCAGAGUCCAGAGUGAGCAGGUCACAGUGAUGUGCCAUGGUGCAGAGCUGAACUCCCCAUCCCCACUCCCACCUCUGGGAGCUUGUCCAAUUUCACUUAGACUAUGACCAAGCGAUUGUUUAGCAUUGCAGGCUGGAAGGCAGAUGGCCACUGUGGCUACCUCCCUCUCCAGUCCUGCUCUGUGAAUUGACUACCUGUGGAAAUGUGACCAAUUAGUGUUUAGCAAGUGUUAGAUAUUUUAACUAAUAAAUAUGAAAUCAUUCUGCACACA